CAUUGGGGUCCCAAGGUCAAACAAGCUAUAGGCCACUCGGGCUGUAUAGAACGAAAACCCCUAUGAUCUAGUACACAAUAAGACAGUGUUGUGUUGUGACUCGGCGUUGCGGAAUUACUGUGUCUGUCCGUUCUUAUUUUUUUUAUUUAUCCCCGCUCUUUUCUGGAUACUGCUGCGAAGCACUGGCACCUGCAGGCUUUAGAGCUUGAUAACCGGGUGCCAGAAAGGCCACCUAGAACCAUGGAUACAUCUGAUAUUACUGUCUGGAAGAUCCACCUUACUUCGAUAAACAAGAAUAGUUGGGAGACUCAGCCCUACAUCUAUGAGCGUAGAUUUGUGGAAGAAUUACGUCCUGAGAUGAUCUGCCCGAGGAAAAUAGAGACGCCGCAUUUGAUUUUCGAAAGAUGCUGCUGCUUCAAACUGCGGACGGCUGUCUUAAUUGUAGCUUCACUGGAGAUUCUAGCUGCCUUUGGACUCCUGAUAAUGCACAUGAUGUUCACCACAGCCCAUAUCACGCACAUUAUGGGUCGCAACGAGGCGAAGGACUCCAGAGAUAGCAUGAAGGACCCUCAGGAGAAGGCACCGUCGUCUAUGGAGAAACGCCCGAGGGUUGAUAUCCCAAUAUUAGUUGGUCCAAUUCUCGGCGUGUGCACUCACAUCCUGAUCUACAUGGCAGUCUCAUCGAUACUGAUCCACGGAGUGAGGAAGAACCGAACUUCUUUGAUGCGCAUCUGGCUGUGGGUUCGAGCGGUCAACCUGCUGGACAUCCUAGUGGAGAGUAUUUACUACCUGCCGCUGUACAUCAUGGAGACCGUCGGGUACAUCACGCUCCUCGCAGUCAGCAUCGCGUCCAUUCUCAUCGUCCGGUCAUACGUCGUCAGAUUUUCUCAAAACGAAGAAUUCGUGCAGCUCGAGGAAGUUCCCGAGGACGCCUAGGAAGCUUUCGUAUUUGAGGGACUACAAUAUAUUUACCUACUGUGUUUUGAUUUAUUCUUGGACGAUAACUGAAUGCUACAUUUUUGGUAUUUAUACGCUAUGUAUGAUAGAUAAGCUUCAGUAAAUGAUGAUUAAAAAAUGAG